GGGGUCUUCGAUCAGGAAAACAACAUGAGGCUUCUGGUUGUAUUGGCAGUGGUGGGAGUGUGCUCGGCUGUCCCCUUCAUCCAGGACACGCCCGAAGUGCAGGCUGAGAAAGCACGGUUCUUCCAAAGCUUCCGUGCUGCUCAGGCUGCUGCCACUCCCCAGCAGGCCCUCCACCGCCCCUCGCCCGCCGUCCAGCCCCAGUGGUAUGGACCCGUAGCUGCCACCGUCCCCGCCGGCGUCGACGGCACCAUCACCCCCGUGGGCGACACCGCAGAGGUGGCCGCCGCCCGCAACGCCUUCCUCAACGCCUACAACGCACAGGUGAGGGCCACAGCUGGUGCUGCGCCUGCCGGUCCCUCCUUCGCCCCCGCCUACAGCCCCGCCCCAGCUGUUCCUAAAGCACGGUUCUUCCAAAGCUUCCGUGCUGCUCAGGCUGCUGCCACUCCCCAGCAGGCCCUCCACCGCCCCUCGCCCGCCGUCCAGCCCCAGUGGUAUGGACCCGUAGCUGCCACCGUCCCCGCCGGCGUCGACGGCACCAUCACCCCCGUGGGCGACACCGCAGAGGUGGCCGCCGCCCGCAACGCCUUCCUCAACGCCUACAACGCACAGGUGAGGGCCACAGCUGGUGCUGCGCCUGCCGGUCCCUCCUUCGCCCCCGCCUACAGCCCCGCCCCAGCUGUUCCUGCCGCCCCCGUGCAGCCCAAGUGGACCGGCCCCGUGGCAGCCACCGUGCCCGCCGGACUCCCAGGCUCCGCCCCUCAGGUCGCCGACACCGCCGAAGUCGCAGCCGCCAAGCAGGAGUUCUUCAACACGUACCAGAGGCAGGCGGCAGCUGCAGCGCCUCCUUCGCGCAACUACUUCUAAGCUACUCUGUGAUCUUUAAACCAAAAUAUUACCAAAGUAAUCGAGGGAAUAAAGAUGAUUGAUCUAUUCUAA